UUGGCUGAAGUGUCCACUUCCUCAUUGGCAGUUAGACCAUUGUGUCUCGCAGUCGUGCCACAUUUGACUUUGGAAUAAAACACUGCUUGAUUUACUUGAUUACAUUUUACUGCCCACAAAUGUCGAAGCCGCCUCCCAAACCGGCCAAACCAGGCCAAGUCAAGGUGUUUCGAGCAAUGUACACCUUUGAGCCCAGAACGCCGGAGGAGCUGUACUUUGAAGAAGGAGACAUCUUGUACGUCUCUGAUACAAGUGACAGUAAUUGGUGGAAGGGUACAUGCAAAGGCAGGGCUGGACUAAUCCCAAGUAACUACGUGGUUGAGAAUGCACAGUCUAUUGACAAUCCAUUGCAUGAAGCAGCCAAACGAGGAAAUCUAAACUGGCUGCGGGAGUGUGUAGAUAACAAAGUGGGAAUCAAUGGGCUGGAUAAAGCUGGAAAUACUGCUCUCUAUUGGGGAUGCCACGGAGGACACAAAGAUGUGGUGGAGUUGUUGCUCAGCCAGUCCAACGUGGAGCUCAACCAGCAGAAUAAACUUGGCGACACUGCUCUGCAUGCAGCUGCCUGGAAAGGUUACUCUGACAUCGUGGAGAUGUUGCUCAACAAGAAUGCUCGGGUAGACAUCAGGAACAAUGAGAAUAAACUGCCUGCGGAGAUGGCCACCGAUGCCCAUUGUUCGUCACUCCUCAGGAGGAAGCAAGGAAGCAACAUCACCCGCACACACAGCAAUGCAGAAGAGUAUUUGGAUGACGAGGACUCGGACUGAGCCAGCCCUGCUGAAUUAUUGUCACGGUCUUCCAUUGGCGUUCAGUUUUUUUUUGCAGACCUAAAGUGGAAUUACUAUAUCUCCAUUGUGAUUUUGUGACGUGUGCAGUCCCCACCUCCGUGCUCUACCCUUUGCAGUUUGCCUGAUUCUCUGGGUGCAUCUCCACAAAUAUGGGGUUUGUCUUGUCUUGGAGAAUCUCCCGCAUAUACUGCAGUCAGAGUGGUGCAGAUUGUAUAUACUGGUGAAAGCAGCCACAACACUUUGAGAAACAAAUUCUAAGCAUAGACUGUUAAACCCGUUUACAGUGAGAAGUGCCAUUUGCAGAUUGGAAGCUUCAAAAGGUUUCCAGUUCAGAGCUCUGCUUAAAAAAAACAAAACUUUAUUAUAAAAUCAACUACAAGAGAUUAGAAACACACAUUCCUGCUUUUGCUUUUUAUUUUUUAUAUAUAUAUAUAUAUAUAUAUAUAUGAUCACAGUGUGGAACUCCAUAUGGGCCCACUUUAAAUCUAUUUAUUUAUCACAGGGAUUCCGUGUUACCAUAUUUUAUUUCCUGCUAAGUGAGAUGUGUUGAAGGACCCAAGGACUUAUUUUCUGGGUAAAAUUAUGGGUCUGAUUAACGUGCAUAGAUGUU